CAUGGGUAAAACACUUGCAAUUCGCAUGUCAGCUGUGGCAAGAAACUUCAUGAACCCUCGACUAUGCCGUGAUAGUACUUGAAUUGUUUUCGUUUUUAUCUCACGUUUUUAAACACCUGGUGUUUUCUCUAGGAGUUCAUAUUUUUAUAAUUUUUUCAGUAUGGUCUUAAACGRAAAAACAUGGAAUUUAUCUCUGUGUGGAAACUAACGUGGGGUUCAUAUCUCACCGCUGUUUUGCGUUCCAUCGUUCGGGAGUGCUGCAUACAGGAUACUGCAGCAAGUCUUUGAAAGGAUAUUUGCCAUUAAAAGAGACUUUACCAUUGAGUUUCUUUUUCAGUCASUAUUGGAGAACAGAAUACACAUUUUCACUACAGUUUUGGCAAGAUAAACAGUCCAUACAGUGCUGAAAAUGGAGACUGUCAUUGAAAGAGAAUGCAGUGCACUCGGAGGACUUUUUCAAACAGUGAUAGGCGACAUGAAGAGCAGUUACCCGGUGUGGGAUGACUUCAUCAGCAAGGCCGGGAAGCUACAAUCACAGCUCAGGACGACAGUUGUCGCGGUAGCCGCCUUCCUGGAUGCCUUUCAGAAAGUGGCUGAUCUGGCAACCGGCAGCAGAGGUGGCACCAGAGACAUCGGUUCAGCCCUCACCAGGAUGUGUAUGAGGCACCGGAGCAUCGAGGCCAAGCUCAGGCAGUUCUCCAUGGUUUUCAUCGACUGCUUGAUUAACCCUCUGCAAGACCAGAUGGAGGAGUGGAAGAGAGUGGCCAACACGCUGGACAAGGACCAUGCCAAAGAGUACAAGAAAGCCCGUCAGGAGAUCAAAAAGAAAUCCUCCGACACUCUCAAGCUGCAGAAGAAGGCAAAGAAAGCUGACGUGUUCGGCCGGGGGGACAUCCAGCCCCAGCUGGACAAUGCCAUGCAGGACAUCAGUGAUAAGUACCUGCUUCUGGAGGAGACAGAGAAGCAGGCGGUCAGGAAGGCCCUGGUGGAGGAGAGGAGCCGCUUCUGCACCUUAGUCUCCAUGCUGAGGCCCGUCGUGGAAGAGGAGAUGUCCAUGUUGGGGGAGAUCACUCACCUGCAGACCCUCACUGACGACCUGAAGGCUCUGACCAUGGACCCCCACAAGCUGCCCCCUGCCAGCGAGCAGGUCAUUCUGGACCUGAAGGGAUCUGAGAGCAGCUGGUCCUACCAGACCCCUCCUUCCUCCCCCAGCACCACAGCAUCCAGGAAGUCCAGCAUGUGCAGUAGUCUGAACAGCGUCAACAGCAGCGACUCUCGCUCCAGCGGCUCUCACUGCCACUCCCCCACCUCCCACUACCGCUACCGGAGCUCCGCCCUCCCUCAGCAAGGUCCCGCCCGCCUCUCCAGUGUCUCCUCCCAUGACUCUGGCUUCAUCUCCCAGGAUGCCUACCAGUCCAAGUCUCCCUCGCCCAUGCCCUCUGACACCAACCCACAGACCUCUGGCUCUUCAUCCUCGGCCGUCUCCGAGACUUGCCAGCCUGUCAGUGAGGGCAGCUGCUCCUCCUCCUCCUCCUCCUCACCUGCCUCCUCUAAGGAGACCUGCUCCAGCACUAGGGUGGAACAGCUGUCAAACGGGCACGAUCAUCAACAUCACGGGCCCUCCACUGCCCUCUAUCUGUCAGGCGGGGGCAUGCAGGAGGUCUACCCCGACCUCCCUCCAUCCUCCCCUUCCACCCCCCUCGCCUCGCCCUCCUACUCUCCCACCUCCCCCGUGUGGGCAUGGUCGAGACCAAGUUCUGCCCUCCUGGUGGACUACCCCCCCUAUUGCGCCCUGGGGCCGGGCAUGAUCCCCUCCUCCAAGGUCCCCACCUGGAAGGACUGGGCCAAGCCAGGGCCCUACGACCAGCCCAUGGUGAACACCCUGAGGAGGACCAAGGAGAAGAGGGAGACUCCAAAUCCCAGCAGCCCCCAGGCCACCACACCAGGGGACGAGCCCCAGAGAGCCAAGGGAACCAAUGCAGUCAUAACAGCCAAGGAGGAGGCGGAGGCCCAUGAGGAGCUGGCCCUGGCUCUGGCCCGCGGGUUGCAGCUGGAUAUCCAGCACUCCAGCAGGGACUCCCUGCAGUGCUCCAGUGGCUACAGCACCCAGAACACCACACCCUGCUGCUCUGAGGACACCAUACCCUCACAAGUGUCCGACUACGACUACUUCUCCGUGGGUGGCGACCAAGAGACGGACCAGCCCGACUUCAACAAGUCCUCCACCAUCCCCCGCAACAGUGACAUCAGCCAGUCCUACCGCCGCAUGUUCCAGGCCAAGCGGCCGGCCUCCACAGCGGGCAUCCCCCCCACAGCCCCCUCCCCCGGCAGUAUUGUCACCCCCGGGGUGGCCACCAUCCGCCGCACGCCCUCCUCCAAGCCCAACCUGCGGCGGUCCUCCGGAGGCCUGGGUCUGGGCCCCAUCCCCAUCAAGACCCCCAUGAUCCCUGUCAAGACGCCCACUGUUCCCGAGCACCCCAGGUUGUUCUUCAGAGGAGAGAGCGAGGGAGCGGGACCGCUGAGCCCACUCUCUUCAGCGGGGGACAACGGCUUGGUGUCUCCCAAGGCACCCUGGGAUGCUCAGGCCUCCUCCGAUCCACCCACUCCCCCACCUCAGCCUGGUAGUAGGCUGUCAGAGUGGGACCGUGAGGCCCUGCCAGAGGUUCAGGAGGAGGAGCCUGGCUGCGGUGAGGGGGAAGAUGUGCUCUUGGCCAUACGGCGAGGGGUCAAACUGAAGAAGACGAUGUCCAACGACCGGUCGGCGCCGCGAAUAGUGUGAGAGUGCGAGGUCGGGCUUCCCCUCAAUGGAGCAGAUUCAAUCACCUACAUACAGUAACUCAGUGUCUUCACCCUAUAGGUUUAAGAAAAGGGUGGGAGUCUAGAUGCGUGAAAAUAUGCACGAAAGGAGGGAACGGACUGACAACUGCUUUGACUAUUUUCAAAUGACGAAAAAUAUCAAAUCUUUUAUUUGUAUGUACAUAUUUAUAUUUUGAUGCGUUUGUAUYUUUUGRGUUCGAUGCUCCUCUUCGUACUUUCUCCUUUUGCCCGUACAUUGUCAUGAAAGGUGCCAAAAGGCUUCGAGCUGAAUUAACUUAAAUGACUUUAUUUUACUGAAUAGGAUGAAUCAUUUCUGUGAAAACACAUAGAAGGUAUAGAAAUACAUACAAGGUAAGAUUGUGUGCAGAAAAGGAGUACAUAAGAAAAUAACCACAAUGGAAAGCGGUAUUUUACUUUUCUGUAAUAUAUCAAAUAUUUUCUGUUUUCUUUUACCAAUGAAAAAUGUAUACAUUUGCAUGUUCUACCGCAAUUAAUUGCACCCCAAUAAAUUAGACUCCAAAAGAAUGAGAACAAAAAUGUUUAAAUACAUCCCACUGUCAAUAGGAAGCUUCUUAGUCAACAAAGGACACAAGGACCUGCAAUCCUUAACAAUCUACUCAGUGGUUGUCAACGGGUGUGACAUCAUUUGUCAAUAGUAAUAUGUUGCACAGGUUUCUACCUUGAAUGCAACUCAGGUGUCAGUGGAAGCACUCAUUGAUUGGUGGCUAUAGAARAGAAGUCUUAUUUAAUUUCAUGUUUUUCUCUAUUAUUACAGAAGAAAGUUCCCAUUACGCUGAGAUUGAUCAUUUAUUUCAAUAUAAGUGAUGCUGUGCUAAACGUCAUACAGAGGAUUCAUACGCAAAUGUAAAUGGAAAACGUUAAAAGUGCUCGUCCUGCUGUGAAAAUACUAGUACUCUGUGAAAGCUAUUCUAGUGGUGAUCACUGGUAACUACAACUCAUUCAAACACAAUAAACUAAUAGUAUUAGUAAAUGUUUAAAAAAAAGAGUUGGAAAGGUUACAAAGUCAAGUUUGUGUUAGCUUGUGUUCAGCACCAUCAGCUGAAUGAAGUCAGAAUUCACUAUAGCGACUACCUAAAGUAUUUCACAAGAUGACAAUGCCUAAUAUGUAUAGACAUCCAAAACGUUCUUUUUUCCACUAUUUUUCACGAACGCCAUACUUUAGUUAGUGGUGUGUAAGUUGUAGCUCAGGGGUACUGUCAAACAUAAUUUCAAGACAACCCAUUAAACUAAAUAGAGUAAUGCAUGUUAUUUUAAAUUUUUUACUCUUAAGUGUCAAAGCUCGUUUUUAUACUGAACCUAUUUAUCCCAACACAUUUCCCCCAUUUAAGAGCAGUUGGACUUUCUGCAUAAUGACUGAAGCCUGAUUAUUUUUUCCAUUCAAGACAGGGGAAACUAAAGAUGGGAAACUAAAGAUAGGUAACAGGGGAAACUAAAGUGUGGCCGAUGCAACAAUAUGCACAUGACGCUAAAAAUCCUGUAUAGCUCCUGACUCAAUUAUUCUAUACAAUGGUCUGAUAGUCCAUGUAAAACUUAGCUGUAAUAUACUGUAGUUCCCCCGUUGAUGUAGCGAUACAUUGCCAAAUCUUAUGUAUGCUAAAUGGUUAGAAGUAAUAAGUUUGUUUUUGGUCAUGGUAAAAGACUCACUCCUUGUAAAUACAAGGUUUUGUCCCAAUGGUCUGCAACAGUUUCAUUUCCUUCAUGGCCAGAUGCAAGAGGUCUUAGCCUACUUAUAUAUGACAGUUAAAAGUAAUAUGAAGUAAACUGUUCAUCUUGAAGUUCAUUGACAAGAGGGAAAAGAGGCAAUGAAAGGAAGGAGCAUUGGGACGCAGAUUGGGAUAGAUUGACAUACACUUUAGUACUCUAGCCUUGCAAGUCUGUUGAUGACCUAGAGACAUGUUUGGACAGAGUUGACCUCUUUCUGUACCACUGGCGUUCUAAGAUAAUUGUUCAGUUCCUGAAUUCUGUCUCCUAUUUUCUAUGUAACAGUUGUUUCAGCUAAAAAUAAAGAUGUAGCAGAAUGUAAGUCUGUUGAAAAAGGU